AGAGCACUGACUUUAAUCGAGUUCGCCCUAGCCGCAUUGCUCUCUGACACGAACAUCGAGGCAAGGACCGAAGCUCCAUCUUCCGGCGCCGGCAAAGGUGUUUCCAGCCGGCGCUGGGACUCAUCGACAGAUCUCUCUUUGUUUCUCACCAUCAUGUUCUGGGUUCGUCCAUUACAACUUCAUUUCGUCGUCUUCUUUCUUUUGUUUCUCUUUACACCGGCGUUCGUUUUCGGCAACAAGAGUAACAGAAGUCUUCACUGUCUGUCACCUCCCAUGGCUAUCAUUGGCUUUCAUCACGUUUGCUCAGCUCCGCUUGUUAAUUUUGUCGCCGUUCUAUUGCUUCAUCUCGACGCCACCCCCUCAUUUCUUUUCGUCGCCACUACCUCUCCUCUCCUCGUCGCAGCUCCUCCUUUUCAGAGUGUGUGUUCCAGAUCUGUUAUGACAGAAUGUGAGCUCUUUGGAUCUACUUGGCCUUCAAUCGCCGUUAUCCGUCCGCUCCCUCCGUCUUGCCUAUCUCCUUCUCCGGUUCGAGUCACUCCCGGACAAGAAGGCGUGCCUCCGCCGCACUGCUUCGUGAUUACAACAGAUCGGAGAAAAAAUCUGAACACUCUCUCCUCCGCCGUCGCCUCAACGUCAGCUCUGCGCAUCACCACGGAGGAAGCACUAAACGGCCGCUCAUCUCUAACCGGUUACUUCAUCUCCUCCAGCGCCGGUGCUUCCUCUCGCCUCCCCGUCGUCAUCAUCCACCUACACGUCACUGCAUCUGAGAUCUGGAUCUCGGUGGGCCAGGCCCAUUUGUUGGUUGCUGGGAGCCCAUCAUCAAAGCCCAUCAAGUUAUCCAAAUACAGCAAGUUCUCAUGGGUACGUGCUUUAUCAUAUAUGGGUUUAUACCCUAAUUCUAAGGCCCAUAAUGCUCAUGUUCACGGUCUCUGCAUCUCACUCCAAUGUGACCUAAUAUCAGUAUCUCCUGACUCUACCAAUUGCAAUCCUUCGAAGGCUGUACCGUCGACGACUCUGUGUGUAGUCCUACUCCGGCAGCCUUCAUGUACCUCACUGCAAGGUCGGAAGAUCCUGAUAUCUUCAAAGACGGUUUUUAACUGCUCUCAAAACCCAUUAACUGGGUUCUUCAACGUCGUUUUCGACUUCUUUGUGUUCUUUCGAACGCGGGCUUUAGGAUUACAAGUGAAGAUAUUCUACGGGUUUCUUCUCUCCUUGGCUACCUCUAUCUUUUAUUAUGUUUUAGCUAUGUUAGCUUAUCUGUCGACUGGCGAUUAUCUUUCUGUCUGUAACCGAGUUAGUCCAUUGGACUUUUAAUUUUAAUAUAAGAUCUUGUUGUCCA